AUGGCGAAAGAGGAUCGAGGCGUUGUCGCGAUCACGGGUGCGAACGGAUCAAUCGGAUAUGCGUGUACAGUGUAUGCAGUCUGCCUCGGAUAUCGGGUUCGUUGUGUCGUCCGAAGCAAAGAAGCAAUCGAAACCCUGAGGCAUGGACCAUCCCUGCAACGGUUCGCAAGCCAGAUCGACUACCAUAUAGUACCCGACAAUACUGUUCCGGACUCAUAUGAUUCUGCGCUUGCCGAUGUGCAGUAUGUGAUCCAUAUUGCGGGCGUUUGGCCGACCCCCGACAAGCACCCUGACAACGACAUAUACAUUCCGUUUGUUAAAUCGAUGCAGAAUAUCCUCUCGGCCGCCGAGAAAGUAGGCACUGUAAAGCGCGUGGUAUUCACGCAAGCCGGAGCAGCAAUGGUACAUCCCGACGACGGAGACACACUCGGGACGGCCAUGGACAUGGUGUUGAACGAGUACACACCUGUACAUCCUGGAUUGCUAUCUCUCAAGCCUCCUUUGGCCUCGCCCCAUCAUGCCUACUGUGCAGCAAAGGCCCAAUGUAUGACCACCCUCAAAAACCUUCGCGCAUCAGGGAAUUUGCCAUUCUCAAUCGUUCAGAUUGUGCCUGGGGCCGUCAUGGGGCCUUCUGAACUAGUGUCCACAAAGAUGGACGGAAGAGGGUACAUGGACCGCAUGUCCCGCGCGCUCCUCUUCAACGAGCCGAAACCGCGGUAUUCCUUUGGCUUUGUACACGUGGGAGACGUCGCCAGAGUUCAUGUGGAAGCUUUGGACGACGUCAGGAUUCCUUACGACGAAGUGCCCGAUUGGUUCAUCGCAGCAGGUGCCAGUGACCCAUCGAAGGAUGGUGAGGAGACUUGGAAAGAGGCUGGAGAUUUUAUCGAGAAUAACCUUCAACACGAAGUCGCUAGCGGUAUGUUCUCGGUUGGGAGAGACAAAGUGCCCACAAACAUGCCUUACUACGUGGACUCUGCUUUGACGGAGACAAAAUUACUUCGCCAUGAAAGGUUCAAAAGUCUGAAGGAGUGUAUAAAGGAAGUAGCAGAAUGGUACACGACCUUGAGAUAA